ACACACCACUAAAAGCUUUUAACCGGAUUCCUCUCCUGCCUUAGGCCCCAUUUUGAGUCCUCUUUCAGCUAGGCUAGGGGGGAAGGGCACAGGCAGAGCCGUGUGUGUGCCUUCUUGCAUAUAUCACUCCCUCACUGCAGAUACAACACCUCUUAGCACAGUAAAAGACUUUCAAAUUCAACCUCUACAGAUCCUAUUUCUGCAAACAGAGCCUGCACAGGCCAAGAGAACCAUUUCAAAAAUGGCAACAGAGGAUGGUUUCAGCUACCUAAUUCCAGGCCACAGUGAGAAACACAGGCGGGCCCCAAACUGGACCGACGGUGAAAUGAAAGCCCUCCUGUACGUGUGGGAGGAAUACCACAACGAACUGAAAAUGAGCAAGAGGAACGCCAAGGUUUACGAGAAGAUGUCCCAGAGGUUUUUCCAGCUGACCGGAGAGCAGCGUUUCAAAGAGGAGAUCAAGAUGAAAAUCACCAACAUGUCUUUUCAGUACAGGCGACUGAAAUCCACGGUAGGUGAAGGUGGGGAGACACCGGACUGGCCGUAUUAUAAGUCUAUUGAGAAGAUCCUCUCCAAGCCACUGGAGAACGGCCGGGUGAACUCUUUGGAAUUCCAGGCCUCUGCUCCAGGUCCCUCCACUUCCUCUCAGUCCACAGACAAUGUCGUGCCACUGUCCGAUGAGGGUGUGAUGGGAUUCCUGCCAGAAUACACAGGCUCAUCAGAUGAGAUGGAGAUAAAACAAGAGAUUGACUCUUUAAGCUCUGACAGCGAGCACACACAGGGAUCCAGCUCUCACCCUGCUUCAGCCAGGAAAAGGCACGCCAACAAGCACCUGUCCAUAAAGAGAAAAAAACUGCGGGUCAUGCAGGCCAUGUUGCAGCAACAGAAGAGGUCAAGCCGAGCCAUAGAGGAGACUUGCAGGGAGGUCCGUAGAGCCAUGCACCAACAGAACCUCCUCCAAGUUCAGUGUCUGCAGCUGCAGGAGCGUAUGAUGAACCUUCUUGAGAAGAUGAUCCAGCCUCCCUCAGCCACAUCAGCUUCAUGGGGUCAGAGUGGGGUCAAAGAUCCAGGGAAGCCAUGAAGUGUGAUAGUUGUGGUCUCACUGAGAUCAUGGCCUCAUCUAUAGCCUUGUUAAAGCAAAAUUAUAGAAGUAUAUUUAUUAUGGAUUUCAGUUUAACAUUGAACAUUGUUACGGUUCAUCGUGUUGCAUAUGUAAGUACAGUAUAGCUCUUAUCAGUGGUAUAGAGAUGUACACAAAUGUGCUGUUACAAUAUCUGAAGAUAACAGAGACCUUUCUUCAAUACCCUAUGGAAAUCAUUGUGGUAACAAGAAAAUUGCAAAGUUCUCUUGUCAUUUUAUUUUUGACUAUGCCACGAUAAUUAUAAGUUAGGAAGGUCUGAUGACAAGACAGGACAACUUGUAGCAUUAUGAACCAGGAGUUUAGGCAAUAGUCCUUGCUGCUGUGAUAGGAAAGGAGCUGUCACCAAAUGGCAUUAUAACCAACACAAACUGCUCAGCAGCAAAACACAUUAAGCUACAUUUCCUGCUGUCGACCGAUUUAACUGUUCAAGGUGUAUCUCAUAGAUGCAAAAUUAAAAAAAUAUUCAUUCAUUCAAAUUAACUCAUUUUCUCCUUGUAUUCAGCAUCUUCCGAUUGUGCAUCACUGUGACUGCAUGGAUUGGCACCCUGUCUGCACAUUCAGUGGACAAAUAAAACAUACAACACAGUGUUUAAUCUGGGGUAACAUUGUGUUUUAUGUUUAGAUAUGAAUGCAAACUUCAUGACAGAAGCUGAAAAACUCAGAUUUCAAUAGAUCACAAAAUGCCCUGAUCUUAUUUGCACUUCUGCCAAAUAAAACAACAAACAUUCUGCAAUCAUUUCAUUUCUAGUCUUUAAUUGUUACUGCAGGAUAAUUAAUGAAAUGCUAAAUACACAGAAGGUAAGGCUUGAUAGAGCCAAAAUCUUAAGACCUGUAAGUUAGUUCCAUUGCACUCUACAUCAGCUCUUAGGAAGUCACUGCUUCAUAAAUAUGAAAAUGCAGCAAACAUGCCAAAUAUUGCUACCUGUUAUGUUAGCGUUUCCAAUAAUAAAUAAAUAAAAUAACAUAUAUAUAGAUAUGUCUAUAUAUAUAACUACUAUUCUAU